UUUCCCAUGUUAGUACCGAUCAUCCCCGACUAUCUCUUUUCAAACGUUCUGAACGUCACCCUAAACGAUGAGAACAAACCCUUUGGUCCUGCAUCUUUGAGCCCCCUACAAAGGAAAUACCAAACCCUAGAAAAGGAUAACGGACCUCUAGGAGCCUUACUAGCCUCCAAAGCCUUCGUACAACUAGCCUUUACACCUGCGAUAGGUUAUUUGAUUGGAAUUUCCGGAUGCAACCUCCCAUUGUUGCUGGGAUCCUGUAACAUGCUUUUAGCAGCUAUACUUUUUGCAUAUGGCAACUCUUAUGGUAUCCUAGUCCUAGCUAGAGCACUACAUGGUAGCUCUUCAGCUGCUAUAGCAGUAAGUGGCAUGUGCAUAUUAGCAAAAUAUGUACCAAAAGAGUCCAGACACAGAUUUAUGCCACUGGCAUUUGGUGGCAUAGCCUUGGGGGUUCUAAUAGGCUAUCCUCUUGGUGGAGCGGCAUAUGAAUUAUUGGGAAAAAGCGCCCCUUUUUUGAUGAUUUCGUUUUUAAUCAGCAUCAGUAUAAUCCUCCAAAUAUUACUCUUAGAAGAAAACGAUAUUGAAGAAAACAAAAUCAUAGAAAACACCUAUUCCCAAUGGCUAAACUUAAUAAGGGAUAAACAAACUUUAAUCAUAGCUGCUGCCAUUUGCAUUUGUACAUCUUCAAUGGCCAUACUGGAACCUUGUGUGCCAAUUUGGCUGUUGGGACAUUUAAACCCUCCACCCUCCAAAUGGCAGUUGGGGGCUGUUUUUAUACCUGAUAGUAUUGGGUACUUCAUUGGAUCACAUUUUGCAGGUCUUCUCCCAGUGGCCCCAUGGAGAACAACCCUAAGCGCCAUGGUUCUCACAGGCUUAAGUUGUUGCGCCCUACCACUAGCAAGCACACUAUUUCAACUCACCAUACCUCACUUCGGUCUGGGUCUAGGUGUAGGUAUUGUGGACGCAGCUUUGGUUCCCUUGCUGGCCAAUUUGGUGGACAGCAAAGGUAGCAGUCAGUAUGGACCAGUCUACGCGUUGCAGCAAGCUUCGGUGAGCUUGGCGUACAGCUUGGGGCCUUUGCUUGGCGGUGAAGCCGUUCAUAUUUUUGGAUUUCCUUGGUUGAUAAGGAUUGUGGGGUUUAUGAAUUUGCUGUUUUGUCCUUUGUUGUUGGAGUUGGAGAAUAAGAAAAAUCCUUCGCAGCUCCUGGGUGAUGAUGUGGUAUCUUCAUAUUCUAGUUUUGAAAACACAAAUACUAUUUCUACACAAGAAGAUUGGACAAGAAAUAACUAUAAUAAUAAUUAAAAACUUUUCAUUGCAUUAUAAGAUUUAGAUAGACAAAAAAUAAAUCAUAAAAUUGUUCCAAUACAAAUUUAAUUUUAAUUAAAAU